UAUGGUGGUGGUGGAUUAUAAAGAAAAGAAGCAUGAAUCUGACUUAUCUUCUGGGGAAAAGUGUCGAAGUGGUGAAAACAUACUACGCUGCUACUUUAGGUGGAUACAUCAGCACAUGUGACUCACAACAUGAAAACAUUGACCUGUAAGGAUGGCUACAAGACUGUUAUUGUUAUAAACUGACUGGAGUCAACCGCAGAGAGGAGGAUGACAACAGUCAACUCAAAGCACCCUUUCCACACAGCUUAUUUUGGAGAGUCGAGAACCACAAAGUGAUACUGGACAUCUUUCUUGGCCUCGGAGCAGACUGCUCCCCAUCAUUCCUGCAAAAGCACAACAAAAUUAUCAUUACAAUCUCAUCUACUUCAACUUGUUACUCUGUACUGUGAAUGUUUUUAAAUGCCCCUAUAUGAUCUUGCUCAUUAUCUUUUGUGACUGCUUCAGGUCUAGUCAUCUGAUCCAAAACUGUAAUUAAAUUACAAUAGGGACAGUCGGUUUUAUACCUGAAUGUAUAAAUGGUACGUUAACUCUGUGACUCUUUUAAUUUUCAGCUAAACGUUCUCACAGUACUAGCAUAUAAACUAGUGUUAUUAUUGGGCUUAAUGUGUAUAAACUAGGGCUGCACGAUAUAUCGAAAAAUUAUCGUUAUCUCGAUAAUAGUAUAUGCGAUAUCCAUAUCACAGAGAGUUGCGAUAAAUUACAUUUAUUUUAUGUGUUAAUCAUUUGUGUGUUGCAUGCUUAGAUUGUCCAAAUUGGACCAAUCAGAAGGGGGCUUACAUGCCUUAUACCCGCCAAGUAGGUGCUAUUAUACAAAGUACUAUUGGCUAGACUGCGGGCCCAAAGGUGAACCUCACGGCUCAAAGCACUGCAGAGAGCGUAAAAUAAAUAUAGCAGGAAUAGAGACGAGCCAGGAAAAUGACAGCGACGAACUUGUGCCUAAAAAGAACGGUACGUCUGAAGUAUGGCAAUAUUUUGGCUUCAAGAGAGAAGGCGUGUCACAAAUGCAGGUACUGUUUAAGUUGUGCCGCAAAACUGUGGUCACGCCGAGAGGAAAUGCAACUAAUCUCCGCAGUCAUCUGGAACACAACCACAGGGGGUUGUAUGAAGACUUCCGAAAGUUUAAGGCCAAAUCUACCAAAACUGCUAACGAAAAGCCAAGUAAAAUACAGGAGUCGUACAGACAACCAUCGAUCGAGGUUUUACAAAUGCAACGCCUUAUGAAAAAACGUUGAAACGGCACAAGGAAAUAACAGAUGCUAUUACACGCUUUAUAGCUAAAGACAUGAUGCCUGUUAACACCGUGAGCAAUGAAGGCUUUGUUGGUCUAAUUAACAAAUUAGACCGAAGAUAUCAGCUGCCUUCGCAGAUAUUUCCCCAAAUCCGACACCAGUGAAAACAUAGCCCAUGGGCUGCAGGAUGUUUUAGCCAGCUGGAACUUAAAAGAGGAAAAUCAAGUGUCCAUUACAACGGACAACGGCGCCAAUGUGGUGAAGGCUACCGAAUUUAAUAAUUGGGUCAGACUACAAUGCUUUGGACACCGCUUGCAUCUGGCCAUCGAAAAUGCUGUUAAAAGUGAUGAAGCGCAUUACUCGAGCUGUUGGUCUCUGCAAAAAGUUAGUGGGACAUUUCUCCCACACCUGGAAAGGGAAGAUGGCACUGAAAAAAGCUCAAAAAGAGCACAAACUUCCAGAGCACUCUCUCAUCACAGAAUGCCCUACAAGGUGGGGUUCGAGGCAGAGAAUGAUUCAGAGAGUUCUUGAGCAGCAGCCGGCCAUAAGCGAUGUCCUGUCAGCAGACAGAAAGUCAAGACAUUUAGUUCCUUCCUGGCAGGAUCUAGAUGUACUCGAGUCUAUAAACCAGGCAUUGCAGCCUCUGCAAGAAUUUACAGAUGCUCUAUCAGGUGAAAGUUACGUAAGUGUUUCAUAUGUGAAAUCUGUACUCCACUUGAUGAACACCUCAAUUCUUGCUGCAAAGGAAGAAGAGAGUGAUUUAACAAAGUCCAUAAAGAAGAAGAUUCUAGAGUACAUGAACACGAAGUAUGACAACCCAGCAACUCAAGAACUGCUGGACAUGACCUGCUUUAUGGACCCCAGAUUCAAAGCCGGCUACAUCAGCUCUGACAAGGUGUCAGACAUCAAAGCCAGGGUGAUGACUGAAAUUGAAGCAACUGUGCCAAAGGAGUAAUGAAGAUCACCAGGGCAUGGGUCCAUCAGAUGUCACCCCAAAGAAGGCCAAAAAAUCCCUGGGCAGUUUCUUCAAGACAUCCCCAGCUCCAUCUUCUAUGGAACCAUCGCACACUUUGGAAGUUGAAUUGAACAACUACAUGAUGUCUCCCACCAUAGACAGUGAGAUGGACACUCUCACUUGGUUGCAAGUCCAUCAGGUCGACUUCCCACACCUGAGUAAACUAGCCAGGAAGUAUCUCUGUAUACCAGCAAGUAGUUCACCUUCAGAGAGACUUUUUAGUACCUCAGGAAAUGUUGUGACGUGCCAACGCACAUGUUUAAAACCGCGUCCUUUUUUUGUCACAUCCAUAACGCAUGUUUAUUUCCCUUUUCUUAAAUAUACAUUUUUUUUCAUAGACUGACAUUUUUUGAUGUUUAGACUCUAUCAACAAGGGUUCUGUAAAAUAUAAACAGAUGGUUCAAUAUAAUCGUAACAAAUUCAUUCUCUGAGCAUUUUUAUGUCACGUCCACAACGCAAAAUGUCACGUCCAUAACGCUGGAAUUGCCCAUAUACAGUAUAUAGAAAUGAAAAGCAGAAACACCCAGCUGCCUUCAACCGAUUUGUGGGAACAUAGCAUGUUAGAGUAUUGCAAGAGAAUGUCUUCUAUGCUUUCUGAUGUCUGUGUGCAGGUAAAAGCAGCACUAGCUCGAGCAGCAAACAAACCACUGCAUGAUGUGAAACCUGGAGAUUUCUUAGGUUAAAGACCUACGGAGGAAACAUUGGAGAUCAAGGCGGUGGCAAGGGCCCUUUCAAGUGCUUCUGGUCACCCACACAGCAGUAAAGAUAGCAAAGAAGAGCACCCGUGUGAUGAAAAGUUUUUAGGACACUGUUUUCUUUUAUAAAAAUUCCCAACUUUAGGGUUGUUUAAUGACAAAAAGGGGGAAGUGUGGAGGAAAUUUUUAUUUUAAUGCUUUUGCAAACUUGUGAUUUACAAACUAAUCUAAGAAUAUGUAUUCCUUUCUUCUAUUGACACAAGUGUGAGAUUGUUAGCGAGUUCUAGGAGUGUUUCACUGAUUGUAGCAGAACAGAGGCCUAUGUGGGGGUUGUGUUAAACAUAUUCUUCCAGAAUGAAUGAUAUCUUGUGUUAUUGAGAAGGGAAGAUGUGCAUGGCCUUGGAGCUGUGGAUAAGACUGAAACAUAGCAUGGGAAAAUGUAAAAUGAGACUUGAUUGGUGGGGAAGAGAGCAGUAGGGGUAUAAAAAUGGUAUGCAGAUAACAGAGAGUGUUCCACUCUCUGCAGACUGAUGAUUGUCACUCUGUUUUAAGUUGAUCCUGCUUGCAAGCAAAUAAAUAUUUUCA